AUGGUACUUAGAAACAGUUAUCAAAAUUUAAUGGAAGAAACAUUGAAAAAUCCGCCUGGAACUUUAACACUUCCAUCAUGUAAGCCAAGCUUCUUAAAACUUGAGUACAGUGAAAACAACAAUUCCAGUGAUGUACACACCAAAACACCGUCCAUAUUACCCUUUGCUUGUAGUGAAGAGUUUGCAGCACAUAUUAAAAGUUGGAGAAGAUUAUCAGCUCCUGAAAGUCCCUAUAAACCAAUAUAUGAAAUUGACUUUGACAUAAAAGGUAGCCACUUUUCUUUUAAACCAGGUGAUACUAUUGGCCUAACACCUCAGAAUAAUGAAUUUGAAGUGGAAAGUGUUAUAAACCACCUGGAUCUUCAAUCUCUUGUAAAUUGUAAAUAUUACUUGAGUAUAAAGGAAGGACUAAAAGGUAAAGUGCCAGGCCAUAUACCUCUCAACUCAAGUAUAAAAUAUGUCCUUACACAUUGUGUAGACCUAAGAGGGGUUAUUAAGAAGCUUUUCAUUCUCACUCUAUCACAAUAUACUGCAGAAGAUUCAGAGAGGAAUAUACUUAAAUACCUUUGCAGUAAAGAGGGUUCUGCCAUUUACACAUCACAUGUUUUGUAUAAAAAUAUGAGUAUCGUAGACCUAUUUAACACAUUUACCUCUUGCAAGCCGCCAAUAGAGGUGUUAUUUGAACACUUACCGCGCUUACUGCCGAGGCCUUAUUCCAUAGUGAACAGUCAUAAUGUUGAGCCCGAUAUUAUAAGAAUAUGUUUCUCUGUUAUAAAUAUUGAGAGUAAUAAGAAAGGUCUUACAACUGGAUGGCUCGAGAAGUUACUUUUAAAUGACACUAUUGAGGAUAAACUAAAUAACCUAAAACUAAAUGGCACUUCAGAAACUCCUAGAAUACCUAUUUUUUUGCGACAAAAUGUAAACAAUUUUACUUUACCCUAUGAUUUAAAAAUACCAAUAAUAAUGAUUGGUGUUGGGUCAGGAAUAUCGCCCUAUAUUGGUUUUCUACAAGAAAGAGGCUAUUUGAAACAGAAUUUAAAUUUAGAUAUAGGAUUCUCAUGGCUAUUUGUCGGCUGUCGAAAUCCUGCAUUGGACUUCAUAUAUGAUAAAGAAUUAGGAGAAUUCUUAAAAGACGGUGUUUUAAGCAAGUUAAGCACAGCUUUUUCCAAAUCAGAUGUUACUGAACAUAAAUAUGUGCAGGAUGCCAUAAUACAAGAUGGAGCGGAGGUGGCUAAACUUAUAAAAGAAGGAGCCACUGUAUACAUUUGUGGUGAUGUAAAAACAAUGGUUGCCACAGUAAAGGACACAUUAGUUAAAUGCGUUGCUAAAUACCAUAGCAUUACAGAACAGAAUGCAGAAAAUCUUUUAUCUGAUAUGCAAAAAGGAAAAAGAUUACUUGUUGAUUUAUGGACUUAA